AUGCGUCUGUGUCACUUAUUAUUUAUUUGUGGGCACGUUGCUCUGGGGGUUUGUGCUGUUAUAGAAAAACUACAAAAAGAGAUAAAACAGCUGAGACACAUGAAAGCAGCACAGCAGCAGCAGCAGCAGCAGCAGCAGCAGCAGCAGCCGCAGCAGCAGCAGCAGGAGCGGCAGCAGGAGAAAAAGAAGAAAAAACAGAAACAGAAACAGGAAGAUGUGCAGCAAGAUGAGGACGCUGAGGAGGAUAUAAACGGCAGCAGCAAACAGCAGCAGCAGCAGCAGCAGGAGCAGCAGCAGCAGCAGGAGGAGGAGUGUGACGAAGCAGCCGAUGAGCAGCAGCAGCAGCAGCAGCAGCAGCAGCAGCUCGAGGACAACAUGGGUCUCCAUACACGAGAAGAAGAAGACAUAGAGCUGCUGCAGCAGCUAAUAGAUAACGAGCUCACGCAGAGGGGCCUCCUGGGGGGCCCCUAUAAACGGCUGCUGCUUGCUGCUGCAUUUCAACCCCUGCUGCUGCUGCAGCAGCUGCAGCUGCUGCCUCCACAAGACAGCAGCAGCAGCAGCAGCAACAGCAGCAACAGCAGCAGCAGCAGCAGUGACAGCAGCAGCAGUGACAGCAGCAGCAACUUACCUCCUGCUGCUGCUGCUGCUGCUGCUGCUGCUGCUGCUGCUGGUGAGGGUACAGCAGGAGCAGCAGCAGCAGCAGGAGGAGGAGUGUGA